AUGCUAUCAGGGUGCCACGGCGUAGACGUCUCCCCCGGCCCUCUAACGCAGUACGUCAACAUCUUCACAGGAACGGCACAGAACAACAACCCGGGCGACGUCUUUGCCGGGGCCGCCGUCCCCUUCGGACUGGCCAAAGUGACCAUCCAAGUCGCGGGCUAUUCCCCAGCCGGCUACGUCUCCGAGUCAACACAGUUGACGCGGGGUGUGUCCCCGCUACAUGACUCCGGAACCGGCAGCUCGGAUGGCAGCUUCGGACAAUAUUGCAUCAUGGCCGUCGUGUGCGGCUCGGACUUUGCAUCCUGUCCAACGCUCGAGGACCCGCGGUCUCAGCGGCGCGUCGGCGAUGGCGCAAACGACACGGGGUUUCCCGGCUACUUUAGCACGCCACUCGCCAACGGCGUGCUCAUUGAGUUGGCUUCUACGCAGUCGGCGUCCCUCGAGCGGUACACCUUCCCCGAGGGCUCGACGCCGACGCUGGUGCUAGACUGGACGGACGAUUCGCAACAUUCGUUCCUGUACGGCGAGAUGCACGCCGACUGGGCUAAACAGCGCAUAGUAAUGAACGGCACGUGGCGGAGCAGCUUCGGGCCCAGUCUGUUCAGGUACUCGGCUUUCCAAUGCGUCGACCUGGCCGUCACCGGCGCCAUGACGGAUCAUGCUUUCUUUGGAGGGAACUUGUACGGCGUGGACGCCCGCCGCUCCGACUUGGACAGCUGGAUUUCGGCGCCAGUGGCCUUGGCUCAGGCGUUGCAGGCCGGGGCCAUCGUGCGCUUCACGCCGAAAUCGUCGGUGCUCGUCCGCCGUGGAGUCUCAUACAUUUCAACGGAACGAGCCUGCGAAAACAUGGAACGAGAGAUCCCUGUGCCUGACUUUGAGAAGGUCGUUGCGGCGAGUAAUGAGUUAUGGGAGGAUAAGCUGGGCCGUAUAGUGCUGUCCAACGGGACGACGGAGUCCAUCCGGAAUCUCUUCUAUACAUCUUUUUAUCGGACAUUCUUGUCGCCUAAUAACGCCACCGGCAACGCGCCGCCGCCGUACACGGACUCUCCGUAUCCGUACUUCGAUGGUCUCUACUGCAGCUGGGACACGUACCGCACCCUGUUCCCCCUGAUGGCGCUGACCUCGCCGCGGGAGAUGGCCCAGAUUGUAGAAACUUACCUCGACGGAUGGCGCCGGGAAGGGUGGCUGCCCGAGUGCCGAGCCAACAAUGUGCGCGGCUGGGUGCAGGGCGGAAACAACGGCGUGCCCAUCGUGGCUGACUUUGUUGUGAAGUACGCGCAGCAAGCGGACAAGUUGGGCGUCAACCUCGACGACGCCUGGAACGCGCUGGAGCACGAUCUCGAAGAGACGCCUCCGAACUGGGACUAUGAGGGCCGUCGUACGGAGACGUAUAACAAGAAGGGGUAUAUUGCCUACGACUACCUCGACGUCAGCUCGACGGGCCAAAGAUCGCGCGAAGCAAGUCGCGGGCUGGAGUACGCGUUCGGAGACUUUACCGUCGGCAUGGUGGCGCGGGUCCUCGGCAAACCCGCGUCCGUCGCCGAUGCGUUGUUCAACCGCAGCUUGUCGUACCGGACCAACUUCAACCCGGAUCUGAAAUCGGACGGGUUCGCAGGCUUCGUGGCCCGGCGUUUUUUCAACGGGAGCUUUCCGCCCUCGGACCCGACGAACUGCUCCCCGCGCGACACGGACAAUUCAAGAGCGUGCAGCUUGCAGUCGACCAACACGUGGGGCGUGUACGAGAGCUCGAGCUGGGAGUAUAGCCUCUACGCGCCGCACGACGUGUGGGGGCUCGUGGGCGUGCUGGGCGGGAGCAACAAGACCUUUGAGGACCGGCUGCACCAUUUCUUUGACGCGGGGUACUAUCUGCCGGGCAACGAGCCUAGUUUCCAGACGCCGUCGCUGUUCCACCAUAUUGGGAAACCUGCCGAGUCGGUGGUGCAGGUCCGGCAGAUUGUGUAUGAUAAUUUCAAUAUUGGUCGGGGCGGGUUACCGGGGAACGAUGAUAAUGCUGCCAUGGCGAGCUUGUUGACGUGGUAUCUGCUUGGGUUCUACCCGGUGCCUGGGUCGGGGGAGAUGUUGGUGCUUUCUCCGUUCAUGCCGGGGUAUGUUGUGAAGAAUGAGGUGAUGGGCACGGUCAAGGUCACGGUUACAGGGUUUGAUCCGAAAAGCCUGGCGCGCGAUAUUCCUGCGGGUGCUCGUGCGUAUGUUGAUGCGGUCAAGUUGGACGGGGUGGGCGUGGGGCGAUGUCGUAUUGAUUUUAAGCAGUUCUUUGCUGCUAAGGAGGUGGAGUUUGUAAUGACUGAUGUCAAGAAGGAGGGGUGUGAUGGACAGGAGCCUAGUAGUGUGAGUGUUGGGGGCUUUGCUGUGUAG